UCCUCCCGCACGAUCCUCCUCCUGUCCCGGAAGACGGAAGAGGCUUCGCGAAAGAGGAAAGUCUGUUGAAAACAGAACUCUCACCCAGGAACAUUGGAAAGUUGUGACACACGGACUGUUUUAUUAAACCCUUCUAGCAUCGGGCGCGAGCUCUCAAGGUAUGGAAUAUGGCAGCAACUGAAGCGCAGUUUAUGUUAAGCGUCGGAUUAAUCGAGAAAGAUGUGAAUGGAGACACACUGUGGGUGUGGUGCUUUCCCUCCGUGGGCUCAGACCUGAGGCAAGUCCUGCUCAGCAAGUGCUGCCUGACACAGGAGGGCCGGGAUUUCCACACUUUCGUGUUCGGUCAGUUCUGUCGCACCUGGUACUACGUCACAACAGUGGAGGUGCAGGAACCUACAGCACUACACAAGGUCACUCAUUUUUCAAUAGUUGUCACAGCGAAAGACUUCAACCCUGAGAAGUAUGCUGCACUUAGUAGAAUACUCUGCAGGACGUAUAUCAAACACGGCAGUCCAGUGAAGAUGAUGGAGGCGUAUGUCACUGUCCUCACUCAAGGAAUCUGCCAGAGUGAUGAAAACGGCUCAUUUCUAAUUAAGGAUUAUGAUGUUCGGAAAGCGUACUUGGCGGGUUCAGUCAAAGAUGUUGUGUCUCAGUUUGGUAUGGAGACCGUCAUCCUGUAUACCGCUCUCAUGCUGAAGAAGAGAAUCAUUGUCCAUCACCCGCGGAUUGAAGCAUUGUUGGAGUUUACAAGAGUUCUGCCGACUCUGACAUGGCACAGGAAAGACUGGUCCGUCCUGCACCCGUACGUGCACCUGACUGAUACCGAAAUAGAGGAUCUCAAGAAAUGCCCCGGAUACGUCGCGGGUUUUGUGGAUCCGGAGGUGAGCAACAGAUCGGAUUUGUUUGACGUGUACGUGAACCUCCGAGACAGCGUCAUCACGGUAUCCCAGAGUGCCAAAGAGUCCAUGGCCAUGGGGAAGUUGCACAAGGACAUCGGCCGUCUCAUCGUCCAGUCUGCAGAAGAUGCUGAGAGGUCAGAUAGUCAGGUCAUUAAGGAUAUUUCUGUCAAAACCAAAGAGAUCCUUGCCAAUUUGGUGGCCCUGGCUGACAAAUGUGAAGACUCUAAAAUCACCCUGCAAGGUUUGAAGCAGCAUCAUUUCCCUCCGGCGACAGAGAACUUCCUCUUUCAUUUGGCAGCUGCCGAGCAGCUCUUACGGAUAUGAAACCGGUUUCCAGACACCGCGCUGCAGGGUGGCGUUACUGCAGGGUGGCGUUACUGCACGGUGGCGUUACUGCAGGGUGGCGUUACUGCACGGUGGCGUUACUGCACGGACUCCAGCUGUGUUGUUCUGCAUGUGUGUCGGGAUGAUUACUGUUGUCCGGGAGGCCUGUGCUCCCUCUCACCACUGUCAUGAGAGUUGUGCACACGUCACUCUCACAGUAAUCUUCUUUGUGUGGAGUAGGAGUCUUAUUCCGUUGGUUCUCCAUUUGAGCUCAUUUUUGUCAACAAAAACUUGAAAGAACCCAAUGAGCCACACGGCUGACAUGUGGCUUCACUACAUGGGCACUGUGUUAGUCCGAUUCUCUCUACAGCACCACAUUUGUAUUCAUCCGCAGCUGAAAAUAGUACCCAGACAAAUGUAAUUUGAGAUUACGUUUGUUAAAAAUGACACAGUGCCCAGCUGUUUGAUUUGAGUCCUUUCAUUGGAUUUGGAGACGCAUGAGACACCGGCAGCCUUCUCCUUUAACACCAGGAGCCGCAGCAUUGGUCUCUAACUGUGAAGUGGAGACAAAUAAGAUGGUACAUCUGAUAGUGCUUUCUAGAUGUAAGCUCCCACUCCAGUGCAACGCGCCACAUACAUGCAUCAUACAUAUAUCUGCCCCUCAAUAUACACAGGAACAGCAGUGGAAAAGGCUUAUAUGUAACAUGCAGCUGUUUUUAUUAAGGAGUUCGAUAGAAACUGCAUUAUACGUGGUUAUCAGAUCACAACUGCACUAGACGGUGUAUGUUUGUUUCAGGUUUUUCAAUUUGUUUAAUGUCUCAUUUUGUAUUUUACUAUUGACUUAAUUACAAGUAAGUUGUGUUGUUAGAGGCGAACUGCAUUAUGAAAAAGUGAUUGUUAGAAAGAGCUGAUCCGCAACUAAUCAAAUAACAAUCGGUGCGUCCAUGUCCAGUGAUUUAGAUUUUUAUUGUCGUUUUACAGCCGAGUACAUUGUCAAAAGGGCGGUUUUGUGCCUCAGUAUUUCCGAUCAGACAGAGUGCAAUACAUAGCAGAUGUAAUGUAAUAUGUGACUUUGAAAACUAAAUGUAUUUUCAUGAAUUUAUGUAAUAUUUCAUAUCUAUGAGAACACGUAAAUAUUCUAGCUAAAUAAAUUUAC